CGGAGGCGGCGGUGGGAGCCGGCCGGGCCAUGGACCGCUACCUGCUGCUCGCCGGCUGGGAGGAGCGCAGGGCCGGCGGCCCAGGUCUGACUUCGGCAAAUGUUUUCAACCUACUGAAAGAAAACUUUAGGUCUUUUAUGAAUGCAGAUGUGAGCACGUUCCCAGCGUGCUCAUUGGCUGGUAUUCCAGGCAUGAGGAAGUGGUAUUUUGCAAAUCAAGUUGUAAGUGGGUUUUGCCAGUUCUGCAGUCUGGACUGGGAAGAGAUUAGUUUUGACUCAAAGAAAAAUGAAACUGAACACUUUCUCCAAACAAAUACUGAAGAAUGCCUGGGUUUUGAGGAGGAAGAUAGUAACAGCAGAGAGUCACUGUUGCUGACUGAUGUUUAUGAAGAAGCUGCAGAGAGUCUUCAUCAGUUGUCAGACAAGCUCCCUGCUCCAGGAAGAGCUAUGGUUGAUGUAAUACUACAGACUGGUGAACCUGAUGCCCCCAAGUUAAAAGACUGCUUGCCUGCCAUUGGUGCCCUGAAACAUCUGAGAGAAUGGCACUCUGCAAAAAUCACAAUAAUAGCAAAUGACUGUAAAGGCAACUGGCAAAAAAUUGCAGAUUACCUGUCAGCAGAUGUUGUAGCUUUAGAUGAUUUAAAAAAUAUUAUUGACUCAAAAGAGCUGUGGAGGGGGAAGAUUCAGAUAUGGGAAAGAAAGUUCGGAUCUGAAGUUAGGUUUCCAGAGUUCUGCAUAAGGGGUGUCUCAGCAAAGCCAUUCAGCACAUCUCAUUUAAAUACUUGCUUUGCUGCCAAGAACACAACAGAAUCAAAGAAUAGCAAUAUUUUGCCAGAGGUUUUCCAUUAUUAUGGUCCUGCACUACAAUUCUUGCAGAUGGUGGUGCUUUCAGACUUACCCUCCUGUUUUGUAUCGGAUCUGGAGUUUGAGCUGAGCUUGGCAAGAAAAAAAAUCAGAGAGACAUCUGUGCUGCUUUUAAACCAGGUUUCUUCUCUCUGUGGAAAGGUGGGAGCUUUAUUUGCUUUGCCUUGCAGCGUUAGCAACGUACUGAUUCCAUCACCCACCCAACUGAGUACAAAAAAAUGGAAGGAAUAUAUGUCCAAAAAACCUAAGGCCAUCACCAUUCCAGAAGUUGAACUGAAAGGAGAAUUUUGCCAAUAUUAUUUCUUGGUACAAGGCAAUGGUUUUGGAGGCUGUAAAGCAACCAUGAUUCGUUCAGCCAAUCAGAUUAAUGGAGCAGCAACUCUUGCUGUAAUAAAUGGAAAGCUAAAGACAAAUGCAGAAGAAACAGACUCAAGCCUUUGUAUUGCUGACUUCAUAAGGUCUCUUCCACAUCUCUGUGGAGAGCAGAUUCUACAGAGAGAACAGAAUCUGGCUUCUGUCCAAGCAUGUGCCUUGAAGGAAUAUCUCAAGAGGCAAGAAUCAGCCAAAGAGCUUUCUACUAUUUCUGUUGAUGAGCUCAAAACCCUGUUAACACUCAUGAGGGAGCAGUUUUUUGAGCUGUGUAACACCGCCCUUCCAAAAACUCUUUUACAUGAAGAAAAAAACAAACCUAGCAUCCAUGCAGUGACUUGUGAAUCUGAGCUAAUUGGGUCCAAUGCUUUGGAGUGGCCAGAAAGAAGUGUUCUUCAGAAUAUGGAAAAUUUUGAAAAAAUUAAACAAAAAAUGAGAGGUUCCAUGUUGACACAUUCAUCUGAGCAAUUGCUAGGACAUAAGGAUGGUCAGAGGGAGUCAUUGACAUUGCUGGAUGCUAAAGAGCUACUGAAAUACUUUACUCCAGAGGGGUUGCCGAUUGGGGAUCUUCAGCCAUUACAAAUUCAAAAGAGUGACAAUGCUUUUCUUCUGACACCAGAGCUCUCUCCACGGAAGCUGAGAGGCCUGCCUUUUGAAAAAGCAGCAGGAUGCCAUUAUCAUGGGCUGGAAUACUGUCUUGAUAACAGGAAAGCUUUAGAGAGAGAUGUGGGAUAUGCUGAACUUCAAACUCGUCUUAUUCGUUAUGAAACACAGACCACCUGCACAAAAGAGUGCUGUCCUGUACCAUGCGUCUUGAGCCCUCUUCCAUCUCCUGCAGUAUUGUCAGAGCCUGGUAGCAUGCCUGAUGGGGAAGCUUUACAAAGUGAGUUCAGAACAGAAACAUCAAGGCUAAAACGCAGAUCAAAAGACUUGGAUUGCUUUUAUCCCAACAAAAGACUAACAAAAUCGGAAAGCACAGAUUCUGUCCUGUCUCAGGCAAGUGGAAGUAGUGGGAGUCACCAUUCCAUUGCUGUCACAAGACAAUCCUCAGAAAGAUCAAGAUCUCUAACUUCUGUGCCUGUUAAGCAACCUAGUAAUCAACCUCAAAAAGUAUCAAUGAAGGCUGGCUCAACAAGUCAGAGAAGUAUGCUAGAGUCAGAAACUUCAAAGCCAGUGAAGGAAUCAAGAUCUCAGAAACAUACACGGAUGCUGAAGGAGGUGGUUGCUAAAACACUUCAGAAAUGCGGCAUUGCAGAGGACCACGAAUGCUUUGCAUCCUGCAGCCAGCGUCUGUUUGAGAUAUCCAAGUUCUACUUAAAGGACCUGAAAACUUCCAGAGGAUUGUUUGAUGAGAUGAAAAGAACAGCAAACAACAAUGCUAAACAGGGCACUCUUCAGAAGAUAGCAGACCAAGAUUUGAAUCCUCUCAGGCAGAGAAGCAAAUUAAACCCAGGCCUAUCAUAUCCUGGAUGAGGGCUCUGACUGCUGGGCAACUGACUGGGAGCUGUGGACACCACCUCUGUCUGCUAUGUUGUAUAAGAAAAGUGACCCUUGCAACCCUUUCUGCAAGAAGGGGCUUAGGCAUCUGUCUUCAGAGGAGGGUCGCAGGUUAUGGACAUUGGUGUUUCCCUGCAGCUCUAAGCCACUCAAAUCCUGGAGAGGGCAGAGUUUAAGACACCCCUCAGUGUGCCUAAUGUGGGGGUCUGGACACCAGUGGGGACCAGGCAUGUAGCAGUUCUGUUUUGGAGCCAGUCCCAAGUGCCACAUUAAACUCAGAUCUUCAGGUAAAACUGAUGCAGUUCCCUAGUUUAGCAGUGUUCAUAGGGCAGUGAAAUGGGGAAGAACUCACGGAAGAGGGGUUUUACUGCUCUGGGUUACAGAGCCUGGAAAACAGAAGAAUCAGCUGACAAAGGCUUAUGGAGGAGAGCUUAGCCAGGCACUUAAGAUCAGCAGGCCAAGGACAGGGCAUGUCUAUGUCAGGAAUUUAUUCCACAGAAGCAUAAGGUGCAAACAUAAAACACUUUUCUCUGAAUAAACGGGUCCUAAUGAGGAAUGUCCCUGGAAGACCUGCCCCAUUCAUGAUGACAAAGAAGGGGCCUUUGGCUGCUGCUUCAGGAAAUCCCUUAAAACAAACCUCCUUCUUGAGUACAAGAUGAUGUUGUGGGACAAAGCCUAAGAAGCUAGUGAACCUAUUGCUGGUUUCAAUAACUCAAUCUUGGCUGCACCCUGGAAGGGAAGAAGCUGUCUUAAAGGAGCUGGUUGCAACUUUUUAUUUCUAGGCUGUUGAUUUAAAAAAAACAACAACACAGGUCAUGGUAGGAAUGUGGCCAAUACAUGUUUUUGAAUUUUGGAGACGUAUCUCUAUAUAUCUAUACAUCUCUCUCUCUGAGAGAGUCUAUAUAUGACCCCUGCCUGUUUUUCUUCAUGUGUGCUGGUGGAAGCCCUUGCUAUUACCCCUUACUCCCUCCCAUAGUGACAUCUCAUAUCGUAAUAGGAAGUUCCUUCUAUGCGUUUAUGAAAGAAAUAGGCCUCUCUUAUCCACUACCCAUAGGGGUUAUAGCAUAGUCACCACCUCUAACACUUCAGGCACUCUUGGCUAUUAAUCUAUUAAACAAAAUAUGGGAAUCAGUGGAUGAAAAUCACAAUGGAAUAGUGGGACCUGAUACCACGUACCUCACCAGAGGUACCCCCGAGUUUGGAACUGGCUGGAGGAGCAAGAAACAAACUUUUCACAAAAACAGUUCAUGCUUGUGUUGAAAAUUCAAUGAGUUCUAUUAAUAAUGGCCUUGGAGAAGAAUACCGGCUGUGUCCUGCUUUAGCUUGAAAGGAUAUGGGAUUGCUGCCACAGGAAGGUUCUAAGUGCAGGUUAAAACAAGUAUUUGUCUGGGAGGGUUUAGGCAGGAAUAAUCCUGCUUUUAGGAGGGGGUUGGACCAGAUGACCUCCUGAGGUUCCUUCCAGGUUUACUUUCUGAUUCUAACCAUUGAUCCCAGACAAAUCACCAGAGAGCCAACAUUUUGAUCUGUGUAUAAUGAAAUAGGCUUAAGGACAAAAAGCUGAAGGGAGUCAGUGUAAAGAAGAGCAGCUUCCAAGUGUUACUCACAGGU